AAAAAUUAAAUAGUGAAAGUUAAACUGUCAACGAUUAAACGAUAAAGUGAUAAAAAAAAUAAUAAUUUCUAAGCGAAGUAACUGCAGUAAUGGCAGUAUCUUGUCCUGAAGUGAUGUACGGUGCAUAUUAUCCAUAUUUAUACGGACGAGCUGGACCAAGUAGACCAUUUUAUCAAUAUGAAAGAUUCAACCAAGAGCUGUAUUCGUCGGGCGGUGUGCCCUUGGCAGCGUCAUCAAGCACUUCCGCAGGCUCCCAUUCGCCUUGCAGUCCCCUGUUGCCAUCGACAUCGGCAGCUCUCGUCGCCGCAUCGACGUCAAAUCUCUCGGGAGCGUCUUCGUCGCAUGCCACGCCGGGCACUUCAGCUGCGUCGGCAGGCAAUAGUGGCAUCUUGGGUCUCGCCGCACACAAUAUCGCCGGCACAUCGUCACAAAGUUUACCACGGAGCAUUACCAAAGAGGAGGAUUUGAGUGGCGGCGCGCGCGGAAGUGACACCGAAGGCAACACAGACACCUUUUCGCAACGUUACGCUGCCGCCGCUUCCGCGAAAAGUCACUCGCAUGCCUCGAUGUCGUUGUCGAAAGGCGCCUCGCUGCCGGGAACACACAACGAAAGCAGUUGCUCGUCGGAUCCGGAGUCGAAUCAUGCGGGUCCCAGUACGUCAGGCAUCGAUCACGGAACGUCGGAGGGACGAGCGACAUACCUUUCGGCAACUUGUGUCGUUUUCACCAAUUAUUCGGGCGAUUCGUCGAGCGUCGUCGAUGACCAUUUUACACGUGCAUUAAAUUUUAGCGAAAAAAGUAGUAAAGAAGGUUCUAGUCCAAUGUCAACGAGAAAUUUUCCUCCAUCCUUUUGGGACAGCAAUUAUGUGCCGCCGAUUCCAACGCAUCCACAAGUCCCCGAUUUAUAUUCAACAGAUGGCGGAUAUUCGACAGAUCCAUGGGUUCCGCAUGCCGCUGCUGCCCAUUAUGGCAGUUAUGCGCAUGCGGCCCACGCCGCUCAUGCUUACCAUCAUAACAUGGCACAAUAUGGAAGUUUAUUACGAUUACCACAGCAGUACGGACACAGUUCGAGUUUCACGAAUCGACUUCAUCACGACCAACAGAGUGCUGCUCAUGCCUUUGAAGCGAGCGCCGCCGCGUACUCUAGUUAUCCAAGUAUGGCAGGUCUCGAAGCUCAGGUUCAGGAGUCCUCCAAGGACCUUUAUUGGUUCUAACAUCGUUAAUUCGUACAAAUAAAAAAAAAUGUUUAACCAACACAAAAAAAGUAGUCUAAAUACCAAAGAAAACAAGAUCUGAAAAGAAAAAAGACAAAAAAAAAUUGGAAAUUUACUUUUCCAGCCAUUAGACAUGAAAA